GAGAUAAUAACAUACACAAACAAGGAGCUCGUUGUGAUGGGUGUGCUUGAGCCCCGGUUUCUAGUCAUCCACUACGUUCAUCUGCUUUACCCUUAUAUCUACUCUUACUUGCUUAUAACUUGCUCACACCAAUCUCUUAUCAACCAUGAAUUUUAAUGUCAACGAUAAUCCUCUUCUCGUCGCUCCUCGACCCGUUCGCAUCAGUAGUGCUUACCCACACUUUACUACUCGUUCUACACAUUUCAAACUUGUUGCUUCUCAAGUCGAUCUUGUAAAGUUGUCCGACGACACUGAAAAUAUUGACGAACACAAGCAGCCUACCCGUGUUGACUCCUCGCUUUCGUCCGAUAAGGAUCCUUCCUCUCCCCGAGCAUCGCCUCGGUCCAACCUUCCAUCAGAAGCGCUCGAAGAGUUCUUGUCAAUCUGUAUGGGGUGGAAAUGCCCAUCCUCUCCUGUAUUGCGACCACGUCUCAACGGUGCUGUGUCGCUGCCUACCUUUGGCCUCCCAUACAGGUCCAGAAGCAGAGUGGAUUUUAUCCACGCCAAGGGUGACCUCUCCAGCAUCACGCUCACCGAGGAGAAUGAAUGGGUCCCUCGCGCACGAUCUCCUCAAACCCUCUACGAGCGAGACGAACUUGAGAACCUUGAAAUUCCAGAUCAAGAUACCCAAAGGUGGAACAUUGCACACUCUCUGUCGUCUCCGAUAUCUCGUGCGCGCAAUCCAUUUUUACGCCACCCUUCUUAUGACAUUACCCUCUCUGGGAUCCCACCCUUUUCCCAACCAUCCCCUCCAAUCACUUCGACAACGCCUAUGUCUCCGGCGGCUGUUCCUCUUCCCGUCCCAACCCCUGAUGAGUUGGUCAAGGUUUACUGACCGUCUGAUGGUCAUCAGUACUCCUCGUCUUACUGUCCUGUCAUUACUUGAAAUUUGUGACCUUAUCUCCGGUAUGUCCUUGCAUACUGCGAGCUAGGUUUACUCGUCUUGAGCUGAUACUGAGCUUUAGACCAGUUCUCCGAAUACAUUACAUAUACCACUUUUGAUUUGAUGAUCUACGCUUCUACCGCACUAGUAUUUUAUUUUGCUUUACUGCGUACUUUAUUCCACGUUGAUGCCUACCUGGUUCUUUCGUUUUGCAUACGCUCAUUGCUAUGUUCACCGAAGGACCGCCCCCAACUCUGUCUCUUCUUGCGCUAUGCCCUUCUCAUGUGUUACCCGAUGCUGUCUAUUUGCAUUCUAGGAAGGAACUCCUGAUCAAUCGGCACAUCGGUACAAUUGCAUUCUUACGAUGUAUAGUAUUUGGAAAUUCCUGUCGAUUUAUGUAUUGGAUUGAUAGCCUCAACAUCAUGAUAGAUCAUUACUACU